AUCCGCUCUAUUUAUAGGGGCCACUUCCUAAAUCCUCUGCCGCACUCUCCGAUCUUUCUAAUGGGAAUCUAAUAGGAGGCGUAUGUUAGGAAUAUAAUAGGAGGCGUAUCUUUUCUUUUUUUUAUAUAAGGUCUCGUGGAACUCCUGAGCAGGAUACUAUUUCCUCAGCACCAGGGGAUUCCACUGCAAUAUUUGCCUGCAUCAUCCAAAUAUGAAUUGUGUUCAAACCACUUGGAAGUAACAUCAGAUAAUUACAGAACCCAAAUAACUACAACAAAGAUGUUUUAGGACUGACAACAGUUGGUUUCCAUAUGAAAUCAGUUAUGGCUGAUCCUAUGAGAACAUAUGCUAUCACAUUUUUAUAAAGGACAUAUUUUUGCAGGCUUUAGUCAACUGUAAAUCCUUUUUUUCUUUAUUUAAAAUAAAUACCACGUUAAAGCUUUCUUCAGAUAGGAUGGCAGAACUGUUUCUUGGCAAAGUCUUGCUUAAAAACAACCGUGAUCAGGACGAGCUGGAUACAGACAAGGAGUUGUGGGAAAGGCUGGAGAACCGUGUUCUCCUCUUGUACUUUGCUGAGUCUGGUUCUUCCCGGUGUCAGGAGUUUGCUCCACUCUUGAAGGACUUUUUCACCAAACUGACUGAUGAGUUCUAUGUGCACCGAUCCUCGCAGUUAGCUCUAAUCUACAUAACCCGAGACCGCAGUGAGGAAGAACAUGACAGCUUCAUAAAGGACAUGCCAAAACGUUGGUUACUGGUUCCCUUUGAGAAUGAAGAGUUUAGAAGGGACCUUGAAGUCCAGUUCUCAGUCUCAGAAGUACCGGUCCUUGUAGUCCUCAAACCCUCUGGACAGGUGAUCUCCCCUAAUGCAGUGGAUGAAGUUGUACGCCUGGGACCUCCAUGCUUCCAGAACUGGCAGGAAGUGUCUGAGAUGAUUGAUAGGAACUUCUUACCAGAAGAAUUCUGUGACUCAACUGCCUCCAAGAGCAUCAGCGACCCGAUCCGCAGGAUAAAGUACAAACUGGAGAGCCCUGAGAAGAAGAAGAAGAGGGGGAGGGCUGGAGGGGACGAUGAUGAUGACGGUGGUGGUGGAGGAGGAGGAGACUUCUUCUGAACAAAGCUUUACUUUUUUACAUAUAAUGAGUUUAUGGAAAAAAUGAACCGUCAAAGGCUCUGAAUCGGACUUUGUAGAGAAGAUGGACGAAAGUAUAAUAAACAAAAAUAGUUUUUUUUUAACAACGAAU